UUUGAACAGUAAACUGGAGGCAGUGAAAGCAACGACGGGCUCUUGACGUUGAGUGACUUGGCUUUAUCACAGUACCUAAAACCACAAGCAAGGAAGAAGCAGUGGCCAUUUACUGUGAUGCUAAGAUGGAUGUGAAAGAGGAGACGUGCGAGGCUGACAUAAAGACCACAGAGAUAACGAUAGUAAACUUUAAGGAUAAAGAGGACAGUGAAUGGGAGUCUGUCCACCCUAAGCAGGAGAGUCCCAGCAUUAAAGAGGAGGAUUAUGAACUGGUAACUGUGGACAUUAAAGAAGAGGCCAUGGAGACAUCUGUCAGCAUUGAGGUACCUGGACAAAAAAGUGUGGAGUGUACUGAGCUCAAGGUGGCAUCUGAAUCACUACAGUCUGACGCAAAGAGCCCUGAGGAAAUGCCAUCUGUUAGAACUCAAGAAGAACAACCAUCCCCUACACCUCUGUCUGGAGAAAGGAAUAAACCUCACUGCUGUUCUGAAUGUGGCAAACGAUUCUGGUACAGGAGUGCCCUUCAAAGCCACAUAAGAAUUCACACGGGAGAGAAGCCGUAUUGCUGCUUGGAGUGUGGAAAACAAUUCUCUGACAAGAGUGCUCUUCAGAAACACACAAGAAUUCAUACUGGUGAGAAGCUGUAUUGCUGUAAUGAAUGUGGCAAACAAUUCUCGCAAACCGGCCAUCUCCAGACCCACAAACGAAUUCACACAGGAGAAAAGCCAUAUUGCUGUUCUGAAUGUGGCAAACAGUUCUCCGACAGGGGGAGUCUUCAGAGACACACUAGAAUUCAUACUGGAGAAAAACCAUAUUACUGUUCUGAAUGUGGUAAAGAGUUUUCGCAAAGGAAUGGAUUUGAGAGCCACAUACGAAUUCACACUGGAGAAAAGCCAUAUUGUUGUUCUGAAUGUGGGAAACGAUUUUGUCGUAGGAGUAAUCUUCAGAGCCACAAAAAAAUUCACACUGGAGAGAAACCAUAUUGCUGUAAUGAAUGUGGCAAACAAUUCUGUUACAAGAGUAAUCUCCAGAGACACCAAAGAAUUCACACCAGAGCGAAGCCAUUUUGCUGUAAUGAAUGUGGAAAAGAAUUCUCACAAAUUGGUAGUCUCCAGAGACACAUUAGAAUUCACUCUGGAGAAAUAAAACAAGCAAACUUCAGGACACAAGAUCCAUUGAUUGCUCAGCUAGCCUGGGCAAAUAAACACGGCUACAGCAUGAACAGGGCAAUGCUGAACAAAGCAACUAAACUGGGGAUGGAAUGGGGGCUCAUGCUGAAACAAGAACUGCAUGUUAAUGUGCCGAAAAAAAACAAAAAACCGUCUACUAAACCGACUUUAAAAGUAUCGCGUGGCUCAGAGCAAAAGCAAGGAACAGACAGCUGUAACACCAAGAUGGAUAUCAAAGAAGAAAUUUGUGAGGCUGAAAUAAAGACCAUGAAGUUAGUGACUGUAAAUGUUAAGGAGGAGGAUUGUGAAUGGGAGUCUGUCCACCCCAAACAGGAGAGUCUAGGCAUUAAGGACGAGGAUUAUGAACUAGGAGCUGUGGACAUUAAAGAAAAGGCUGAGGAGACACCCAUCAGCAGUGAGACGCACCAGCAUGAAACUCUGAAUGGCGGUGACCUUACAAUGAAGUCUGAAUCGUUAGAGUCUGACACAAAGAUUAUUGAGGAAAUGUCACCUGUUAGAAGUCUGGAAAAUCAGCCACCAUCUACAAAUCAGUCUGGAGAAGUUUUACCAGACAAUGGCAGCUUCUUAACCUCCUCAUCUCAGACCUCUGUUCAGUGCAGAUCACAGCAGACAACAGCUGAUGAUAAUAUGAAGAAACUGACAUCUAGAUCACAGAGUGUGAUACAAGCCUAUUUGCAGGAUGAUUCUCUGCCAGUGAUAAAAGUAACAACAGGCUCAACCACUAUCAACCAGGAGCAGAGGAAAAAGUGCAAUCCAAGUGGAACACAACAGAAUGUUCAUCAGUGUUCUGAAUGUGGCAAAGGAUUCACACAAAUUGAAAGUCUUGGGAGUCACAGAAAAAUUCACAGUGGAGAGAAGCCAUAUUGUUGUUCUGAAUGUGGCAAGCGAUUUACACAACUGGGCCAUCUUAAGAAACACAAAAGAAUUCACACCGGGGAGAAGCCAUAUUGUUGUUCUGAUUGUAGUAAGCGAUUCACACAACUGUGCAGUCUUAAGAUCCACAGAAGAAUUCACACAGGGGAGAAGCCAUAUUGCUGUUCAGAAUGUGGUAUGGGAUUUACCUGCACUGGCAGCCUUCAGGAGCACAGAAGAACUCAUACGGGUGAAAAGCCCUAUUGCUGUUCUGAAUGUGGAAAACGGUUUUAUCGCAGAAGAAAUCUUCACAGCCACAAAAACAUUCACACCGUAGAGAAGCCAUAUUGCUGUAAUGAAUGUGGCAAACAAUUCUGUUACAAGAGUAAUCUUCAGAGACACCACAGAAAUCACACCAGAGACAAGCUGUUUUGCUGUAAUGAAUGUGGAAAAGAAUUCUUACGUAUUGGCAGUCUAAAGAGACACAGCAGAAUUCACACUGGUGAGAAAGAAACGGCACACUUUAGCAGUCAAGAGUGAGGUUCACUCCUCUCCUGAUAGGUAAGCAUUGUUGAGAGAUGAAUCCCUGAGAGAAGAGGAACUGUCAUAACUGAAGAGUGAGGUUCACUCCUGUCUUGAUAGUAAGCAUGGUAAGACAAAUUUGGAGAGAUGAACGAUUAGAGAAACCCUAAAAGAAUUAAGUUGGAGGGUGACAUUUGAAGGAACAGAGGAAGAUGUGAAAUGUAACUCAUCAAGCUACUUAAGCCUUAAAUAGUGAUUUCACAUGGGGAGCUUUCUUUUGCAAGAUUCAUACGAAAUCUCAUAAACGUCAAACGAAUUUUAUAGCAUGAAAAGGAUCCAAAAACAUAAUUCAUACUGGGCAAACAUCUCUCCAGAUCAAAAGGUGCCCAUCCUCUGCUGUGGGACUCUAGGUAGGUGAUGGAGAUAGCGAUUGAUGAUGUGAGGAAGACCUCCAAUGUGGUGUCACUCCAGUUGGACAAUGUUAUGUGCCACACCACAGUGCAACUCCUUAGACCACAGAAGUGCAACACGAGAUAGGAAUUAAUAGGCUUGAACACAGUCCAGUGGGUGAGUGAAGACAAAGAGGAGAUCAUUGUAAUGGAGAACAAUAUCUAGCAUAAGAUAAAACUUUAUUGAUCUAGGAAUAUUUAAGUUGGUAUAUUUCUUAUUAUUAAUGUCUAAUGAUAUGAAUUUUUUAAGCCAGUCCAUCUUUCAGAUAAGACCUUUGCAUUCAGUUAGCCCCUCUCUAAAAAUCCAAAACUGAAAUUUGCAGGUCAGUUAGCCUGGGGAAAUAAUGGAGGAAACAACAUGAACAGGCCACAGCUAAACUGGGGGUGCAGUGGGGUCAUUCUGAAACAAGAACUGGUAUGACAUAAGAAAUAUGACGAACGAAAGUAGAUCAUUCAGUCCAUCGUGCAUUUUUGUUUAGCUUAUAUCUAUGCUGCCCCAGUAUUUCUUCCAGAUUCUUCUUAAAGGUUCUCAAGGUUUCUGCUUCACCUCCAUGUCUCAGUAGUUUGUUCCACAACUCCUUUGUGCAAGGAAGUUCUUCCUGGAGUCAAUUUUAAGUGCACUUCCACUUAGUUUCCACCGAUGUCCUCGACUAUCUGAUUCACCCUUAAGCUGAAACUAUGUUACUGGAUCCAAUUUAUCAAUAACUAUGAGGAUUUUAAAUACCUGGAUUAGGCCUCCAUACGGUGUCCUCUCCUCUGGCCUAAAUGGGUUUAAUUGUACGAGCCUGUCAGAGUAGGACAUGGAGUAUGGAAUUGACUUCUACUGAUAAACGAAGACCUCAGUUUCUGAUGGAAUGGGGUUGGGCACUGAAUUAGGAGAGUUGCUCUGCACCAUGAUGUCCCAUUGGUCCAUAAAGAGUGACAGGAAAUCAAAGGACUGUCAUAGGUUUGGCCUCUUUAUCUCUCUCUCUCUCUCUCUCUCUCUCUAUCUGAUAUUUUCCAUCCAUGGAGGCAUCAAGCCAUCAUUCAGUCCAUUUAAAGGCCAUGGGGGUAACAGAAACCAAGCAGGAGCAGAGACAGAGCCACCUGGUAGGUAGCAUAUGGACAUAAGAUGAAGUGAUCCUUUGUGCAUUAUUUUGUGUGUAUUAUUGAUAAUACAAAAAUGAAUGUGUAACUUUUUUCUCUAACAUGUUCCGGUACUCACUCUGAUUGCCUGGUAGAAGGAUGUGUUGAACUACAGGACCUUACAGUAUGGGAUUUGAGGAAUUCUGGUGAAGUCUGCAUAUUAAAAAGUUUUGAGCAAGGCUGAGGCAGAUGAUCCCAAAAGGGUGGCUUGGCUGGUAAGUG